UUUCCCUUUAGUCUUUCAAAUGCCAUGUCCUUUCCAUUUCACUCAUUCCCAAAAUCAAAUACCUAAGACUCUAAAAAUUACAAACUCAGAAUGCAUUUUAAUCUUCAGGCCAUUCUGCUCUCCGUGUCGUUGUUCGUGCCAUCUCUUGUUUCUGCUCAGCUAGCUUCCGGUUAUUCUAUUGGUCCUCUUACUACUUCAGAUUCGAAAUGGGCGAAGAAGGUCUGUGAUGUCACUAAGUAUGGCGCAGUAGCCGAUGGAGUGACGGAUUUAGGUCCUCCUCUUCUUGCAGCGUUUAACGCAUGUGCGAGUGGUGGUGUCGGUAUGUUUAUCAGCCUGUGUCUGCUCUUGUAUCAUACUGAAGUAUAAGUUUAGUGAACAUUCCUUCUGGUAGCUUUGCUAUGUCUACAUGGGUGACGCUAUCUGGCGGCAAGGCAUGGGCUAUCAACCUCGAGGGUGUCAUUUACAGAAAGGGGUGAGCUAUCUUGUUGCAUCACAUGUAUUUCAAUAUUCUGAGAACUUGGUUACAGCACUGCAGGCGGACAUAUGAUUGUCAGUAAGUUUAGCCGCCAGUCAUCCGUACUUGAGGCAUUUUCUAAUCUCAACCUUAGUCGAAAAUUCGACCGAUUUCGAACUCUACAGUAGCAAGUCAAGCGGUGCCAUUCAAGGUUAUGGAUAUGUGUUUCACGCUCAGGGAACUUAUGGGUAAGACAAUAUGAUGAUAAUACUCUUCGAGAAUUAAGUUGACACUUAGGGAAGCCCUCGUCUUAUUCGGCUCAUCAAUGUAACCAACUUUGCUAUUCAUGAUAUUGCUCUUGUCGAUUGUAGGUUACCUUCAAAUCUUUCUGCACACGAUCGAAUUCCACAAUAUCCAACUCAGUUCCAUGCAAUAAAGAAAUUUUACCCAAUAAAAUCCUCCCAAAACUUCUGCUCAUUUGCAUCUUUUAUAUCUGCUGAACAUUUCAUUAGCUCCAGCAUUUCACCUCAUACUCGACACGGUACAAAAUGGCGAAGUAUACAAUAUGAUCAUCCGUGGUGGAAACGAAGGUGGAUUAGACGGCAUCGAUGUUUGGGGCUUCAACGUUCAUAUUCAUGAUGUAGAGGUUACUAAUAAGGACGAAUGUGUUACUGUCAAGGUAUGUUUUCUAGCCCUUACAAUCCUCAUCUGUAAAGUCUACGUCAUCUAUGAGCCUACAUCAUUACAUCUCCUGGUUGGCUAAAGCCAUAUUAUUUACUACAUGACACUAAUGGAAUCUAGAAUCCAUCCAACCACAUGCUAAUCGAGAAUAUCCAUUGUAAUGUAAGUGGAGGAUGUGCAAUAGGUAGUCUGGGUGCAGAUACUGCCAUUUCGAAGAUUACUUACAACAAUAUUUACACCUGGCAAUCGAACCAGAUGUUCAUGAUCAAGAGUAAUGGUGGAUCAGGUAUGCGUCUGUCACUCAACUCACCAUCAUCACACUCUGAUAAAGUUCUUCAGGAUCGGUAUCCGACAGCGUAUUCUCAAACUUCAUAGGCCACAGCAACGCAUACUCUCUCGACAUCGACUCUUAUUGGAAAUCAACACCAGCCGACGGCAAUGGUGUUUUAUAUACAGGUCUAACUUUCUCAAAUUGGAAAGGAACCUGUGCCAAUGGUGCCGCUAGAGCACCUAUCCAAAUUAUUUGUCCAACAGGACAGCCUUGCACGGGCUUGAGCAUUACAAAUUUUGCCAUGUGGACAGAUGCAGGUAGUUACGAGAUAUACAAAUGUGAAAAUGCUUGGGGUGAUGGAGGAUGCUUGGUUCACGGAUCAGCGCAUACAGCUUGUAAGUUUGCGAGAUGUUUUGAUGAUAUCAUUUGCUAAUAAAUGUUAUGAUAGAUGCCGUCGUGACACAAACUGUAUCUUCAGCUCCUUCUGGCUACUCGGCUGCAAAAAUGCCGAAUGAUCUCGCUGCUGGGUAUGCGCUCACGGCCAGUAUCCCUAUUCCUACGAUUCCCACUACUUUCUUCCCUGGAAAAGUUCCAGCAACGAAGAGAGCGUAUCCAUAGUAUUCGAUCGGAAAAGUGCCAAGAAUGCAUGAUAUGCACAUAUAAACAUCAGAAGUGUAAAUAGUUGCUGAAAAGAAAAAU